GGCACAUUUCAGUGGGGCUCCUCAGCCCUGGAACAAUUGUAACAGAGGGCACCACACUUUGCAGAUGAGGAACUGGAGACACGUGACUUGGCGCAGGCCAUUUAGCCUUGCAGAGCAGGGCUAGGUUCCUGACCUCCAGGUUAGUCUUCAGUGCUCGACCUAAUGAAAGAAGUCCCCAUCAGUUCCCACCCGCCCUGGGACAGGAAGGUGGGAGAGAGAAAAAAGUGUCCAAAAAGAGAGACUGGGGCUUUGGCCAUGGGAACCACAGAGAUGUCAGCGAUGAGGAGGCUGGAGAGAAGCUGGGCCCAGCUCUCAGAGCAAGAGCUCCACUACGCAUCUCUGCUCCCCAUGCCCAGCAGUGAGAGGCCCGACUCCGGCCACAGGGAAGGCACCAAGGAGGACACCAGCACCGAAUAUGCCUGCAUCGCCAAGAACUAAGCCACCAGUGCUUCCCCCAGACGCCUCCCUGAACUCAGGGAGGUCCCUGAGGUCCACCCAGUAAACACUGUGUCUCACCA